ACACUAGCCUGAGACUAGCUAGUCUUUGCGACAGUUGUUUAUGUUCUUGUUGAUUGUUUUUGUUUAAUGUGUUUGGCUUUGACGUUUUGGGCCAUUGUGCUUGGGCAAUUCUCCACGAUACUGUACACUUUCGACAAACGUUAUGGUAACUAGCAUCUGAGUGUUAAAACAAGGUCGUCUUUAUUAGAUGUAAUAUGUUUUUUCCGUUGCCGGGGGAGUGACUCACUAGUGGUCUCAACAAGCUGUCAGACAAUGGAUUUCCAGCUGCAUUGAUACAAAGUGCAUGGCUCGUCUUUUAUGCUGUCGUUGCACUUAGGUGUUAGUUAGAUAGCUGGGAUUCCAUUUUGUGAUCCAAGUCACUUAUCUCAAUGCAUGCGUCUGCAAGAGUAACUGGUGUCCUGGAUUUACUAGCUAGACGGCUAGCUAUCGUCGAAUUCUUAACCACUUUGUGCAGAAAUCAAGCACUGCAAAAUUAGCUACUGUAGCAGGUGCUUGCCCCGGCGCUUACAGUAUUACCUAGCCAGUUUCAUAUUUAGAAAGAAAAUAUGGAGUUCCCAUUUGACAUAAACCAUAUUCUCCCUGAGAGAAUCACAGUUCUGGAUCAAAACCUUGCCGCAGGUCGAACAUCACUAGGAAGAUCUGAUCCACAAAUUCAAAUUGCCACUGUUAUAGAUGAACUUGGGAGAGCUUCUGCCAAGGCCCAACAGCUGACAGCUCCAAUCACAAGUGCAUCUAAGCUUCAGAGCAAUAGGCACCAUCUCUACCUGCUGAAGGAAGGAGAAUCCAAUGGAGGGAAAGGCGUUGCGGUUGGAUUUCUUAAGGUUGGCUGCAAGAAGUUAUUUCUGCUCGACCAGCGGGGGGCGCACGUGGAAGCAGAGCCUCUCUGUGUUUUGGACUUUUUCGUGAAAGAAAACUUGCAGAGACAUGGCUAUGGCCUCGAGCUGUUUGAGUUCAUGCUUCAGCACAAAAGAGUGGAGCCUGUGACGAUGGCUUAUGACAGGCCCUCGCCUAAAUUCCUGUCUUUCCUGGAGAAGCAUUUCUGCCUGAAGGAGGGUGUUCCUCAGGUCAACAACUUUGUGGUAUUUGAUGGCUUCUUCCUCAACAGAUCAGCGGCCCAGUUGAGAAAGGUUCCCCCAAAAAAGCCAGACGGAGAGAUCAAGCCCUACUCGCUAAUGGGGAGAGAAGUUGUGCGCGAGGAGCAGAGGGCUCUCCCCUGGCCUUUCAUUCGCCCCGUGGCUCCCCCCCUCUCUCCCCCCUCACGGGCGGUAUCCUCCCCCUGCUCGCGCUCCCUCAGCGUGGGAUCCUCCCCCAGCAGGGGGCCCCCGUGCCCCGCCCCGACACCUGCCCCUGGGGCCUUCAGGGGCCAGACGCCCGACUCCCCUCUGAUCGAGAACUGCAGAGCAAGGCGCACCAGCCAACAGGGCCUGGUUGCCAGGGGCAACCUCUACAGUCGGCACAUCAACAGCAGGGGCUUUGGGCUGCUGUUGGAGAAACAGCAGAGCACCUUCAAACUGCCAGGUUUGAGACCAGUGUUGAAAGACAGAGAAACAGACACAGACACACUGGGACACACAAAUACAGACAGGUGCCAGCCCCUCUCGCUCCCGCCACUGCCCAUACCCCAGGAGGGAAGCCAGACUCCCGUGGUGGCCAGGGGACCAGACCCAAGGAUGGGAGUUGAUUCCACACUGCUGGAGAGGAGGCUGAGGGUGGGGGCAGAGCCCUGGCCUUCUGGGAGGCUAGGAGGAGCUGUGCAGCCAGGCCAUAAGGCCCUGUUGGAAGCGGAGAAGAACCAGGGGAGAGGAGGGUGGUCCUGGACAGUUGGGGAGAGCCGGUGUACAGCCCAGUGGGUCAAACAGAAGCAGGAAUACAGGAGCACCCGGCCUUGGUGACAAAGGACACACAUGACGAGAGAGAGACAGAGAGGAUCUGAUAAAACCAUAGAUGGUCAACACUGUUUGACGUACUCUUGAUAUCAGUAAAUGUUUAGGCUAGGUUAACAGGGUGGGAAGCAGCAAAAUGGAGAGAACGAAGCAGUGAAUAAAUAGGCUGGAGCAGUGAAUAAAUAGGCUGACGAGGCAAGUAGGCUUGUAUGGAGUGUGUGUCUGAAUCUGCCAUGUGAGUAGUCAGUUGCUUGAAAGGAAGGCGUGGGAUGUGCUAGGAAUUCCUUGGAAAUUUAGCUCACCUCACUUAUUUAAUGCACAUUUUAUGCCACUUUAAUUUUAUUUAUUUUUAAAUAACUUGUGGAUUUGUAAGUGUACUACUGAAGGUCAAGAAAUUAAAUGGAAAUACAUUUCAGACACUGAACCGAAA